UCCUCAGCAGCACCAGAGAGAGAUCUAAGGAGAGUUAAAAACAAUUGUGGGAUGGAGCAGUGGCACCGUGUCCAAGAUCCAGGUCUCACGGAUCACACAGAGCAUCUGCACUGAUGGCAGAGCUGGAUCUGCCCCUGGGGCACCCAGGAUCAGCCCUUGACAUCCUCCCAACUCCCUCCCCCUCUGCGGAUUCCCAGGCAAACACCGCUCAGCCUUUCAUCUGCAGGAAGCCUGCUUUCCCUGGCAGCGCCAUCCCCGAGGAACCCCAGACCCCGGGGCACAGCUACAGCUCAGGCUGCUGCAGGAGCUCGGUGUUCCUUGGGGAGCCCCCCUGACAGACACCCGGACACCUGGGAGGGACAACCUGACCCUGAAACCCCAGAGCCAAAGGCACAGCUACAGCUCAGGAGCUCAGUGUUCCUUGGGGAGCCCCCCUGACAGACACCCGGACACCUGGGAGGGACAUCAGGACCGUGCGUGUCUCAUCCUUAGAACCCAUCCCCAACUCCAGGAGGCUUUAAAGGAUCACCCCCACCCCCAGAACAUCCCACCAUGAACGGGUUCUUGAACGAAUCCAAUUUCCUGAUGGUGGAGGAGGGCUUCACCACCAGAGACCUCCUGGAGAACCUGCUGGGGGAGCUGUGCCAGGAGAGCCAGCAGCAGGCCCUCUUCGUGGCAGACCUGGGGGACAUCGUGAAGAAGCACCUGUGUUUCCUGAAGGCCCUGCCCAGGGUGAAGCCCUAUUUCCCAGUGAAGUGCAACGGCAGUGAGGGGGUGCUCAGGCUGCUGGCAGAGCUGGGGGCAGGAUUUGCCUGUGCCAACAAGGCAGAGAUCAGCCGUGUCCAAGGCAUUGGGGUGCCACCAGACAGGAUCUUCUACUGCAGCCCCUGCAAGCAGGUGGCCCACCUCAGGUAUGCAGCCAGCCACGGGGUCAGGCUGAUGGCCUUUGACAACGAGGUGGAGCUGGGCAAGGUGGCCAGGAGCCACCCCCGUGCCAGGAUGCUGCUGGGGAUCACUGCUGACUCCAUCCCUGCUGCCCACCCCAGCCUGAGCUUUGGCAGCACGCUGCAAUCCUGUGGGCACCUGCUGCAGGCAGCCAAGGACCAGGCUGUGGAGGUUGUUGGCAUCAGCUUCCACCUGGGGAGCUGUGGACUGGAGCCCCAGGCCUGGGCACAGGCUGUGGCCACAGCACAGCUGGUGUUUGACAUGGGCACAGAGCUGGGACACCACAUGCACCUCCUGGACAUCGGGGGAGGCUUCCCUGCCACUGAGGACACCAGAGCCCCUCUGGAAGAGAUUGCUGCUGGGAUAAACUCUGCCUUGGAUUUGUACUUCCCUGAGGGCAGCGGGGUGGAAAUUAUUGCCAGGCCUGGGCGUUACUUCGUCACCUCUGCCUUCACCUUGGCUGUCAGCAUCACUGCCCUGGAGGAGAUCCCCGUGGAGCAGCCUGGAUCUGAUGAGGAAGAGUGUGGCAGCAAGAAGAGCCUGGUCUAUCACCUCAGUGACGGCAUCUACGGUGCCUUCAGCUGCCUCCUGUUCGACAGCCCCUGCCCCAGGCCCCGGCUGCACAGGAGGCCGUGCCCAGAGCAGCCCUGGCACAGCUGCAGCCUGCGGGGCCCGCGGGGGCACGCUGAGGACCCCAGCAUCGCCGAGGGGCUGCGGCUGCCCCAGCUGCACGUGGGGGACUGGCUGAUCUUCGGGGACAUGGGAGCCUACAGCAUGCCAACGUCACCCCUGGGCACAGCUGGCAGUGCCCAGGCUCGGGUCACCUACGCCAUGUCCCGCAUGGCCUGGAAAACCAUCCAGCUGUUGCAGGGAAAGCCACCCCAGACAGAAGAAGAGCGUGAGAGCCUCUGCCCGCCCCUGUCCUGUGGCUGGGAGAUGGCAGAGACCCUUUGUGUCCCCCCUGUCUUCGCUCCAGCUGGCAUCAUCUGAGCAGCUCUGGGCAAGGAGCCACGCUGGGAAAGGGCCUGUGCUGGUACUGGCAGGAGAAAUGUCCCAAAAUGGUGUUGGGGUGGGAUAAAUCCCAUAAUGGUAUUGGGGAAAAAUCCCACAGCAGCACCAGGGGAAAUGUCCCAAAGUUAUAUUAGGGUGGGAAAUGUCCCAAAAGGGUAUUGGGGUGGGAAAAAUCCCAUAAUGGUAUUGGGGUGGGGAAAAUCCCAUUGCAGAACCAGGGGAAAUGUCCCAUAAUGGUGUUGGGGUGGGGAAUGUCCCAUAAUGGUAUUGGGGUGAGAAAAAUCCCGUUAGGGUGUUGGAGUGGGAAAAAUCCCAUUGCAGCACCAGGGGAAAUGUCCCAUAAUGGUGUUGGGGUGGGAAAAAUCCCAUUGCAGCACCAGGGAAAUGUCCCAAAGUUAUAUUAGGGUGGGAAAUGUCCCAAAAUGGUAUUGGGGUGGGAAAAAUCCCAUAAUGGUAUUGGGGAAAAAUCCCACAGCAGCACCAGGGGAAAUGUCCUAUAAUGGUAUUGGGGUGGGAAAUGUCCCAAAAUGGUAUUGGGGUGAGAAAAAUCCCAUUGCAGCACCAGGGAAAUGUCCCAAAGUUAUAUUAGGGUGGGAAAUGUCCCAAAAUGGUAUUGGAGUGGGAAAAAUCCCAUUGCAGAACCAGGGGAAAGGUCCCAUAAUGGUAUUGGGGUGGGAAAUGUCCCAUAAUGAUGUUGGGGUUGGAAAAAUCCCAUUGCAGAACCAGGGAAAUGUCCCAAAGUUAUAUUAGGGUGGGAAAUGUCCCAUAAUGGUAUUGGGGUGGGAAAAAUCCCAUAAUGGCAUUGGGGAAAAAUCCCACAGCAGUGCCAGGGGAAAUGCCCCAUAAUGGUAUUGGGGUGGGGAAAAUCCCAUAAUGAUGUUGGGGUUGGAAAAAUCCCUUGGCAGCACCAGGGGAAAUAUCCUAUAAGGGUAUUAGGGACAUGAGGGUGGGGAAAAUCCCACUGGGUGUCUGACUCCAUCCCAGUCUGUUAGUUGAAAAUUAUCAAAAUAUUUUUGUGAGUUUUCUAAUUUGGGAUUAAUGCUGGCGAAUUUUCAGGUUUUAGUGUCUCUUUUUGGGUCGAGAAAUCAGUCCCAAACACUGGGGGGACUCUGGAGCUGUUUGGGAACGGUUCUUUUUUGAAAUUCUUUUGUGUUGGCAUCAAAGGGUUGGCAUUUGCAGGGGUGAAAUAAUUCUCAGUCUAUCCUGUAUUUAUUAAAGCAGCUGUCAUAUUCCACCCUCCCCGUGAAAAACGCCAAUCACUUGUUUUUAAAAUUUUAAAAGUUUAAUAGUAAUAAAAUGGUUAUAAAAAUAGUAAUACAAUUAGAGUAAUAAUAAUCUGGACAAUUUGAAUUAGGGCAAUAUGAGACAACAAAUACAAAGAGUUAUAGACAGUCCAGGUACCUUUUUCUGGGCAGCACGAGCCCGAAAAAGGACACAGUUAACAAAGGAUUAACCCUUAAAAACAAUAACCUGUUGCAUAUUCAUACACCUCAUACAUGAUGCAUAAAUUCCAUUCAAACACAGGAUUCUGUCUGUUUUGUCCUGUCCCAUAAAUCCUGCUCCUCCA